AUGUGCCACAAAGUCUACUACCGCCACAAAAAAUGCGGCCACCACGGAAAGCUGAAAGUUUUCUGUCCUCUCGCCCCCCGCGACCUGACCACCAAAAAACCUCUGGGCAAAUUCUGCCGCAAGUCAAAGGAGGGGGGAAAGGUGUACAAGAAACGCGGGAAGAUACAGAAUGUGGAUUGGAAGUGUCCGAAGGAGGAAUGUAGGGAUUAUGAGAGGUUGGGGAGGUACUGGAAGUGUUGUUCUUGUAAGAAGGGCCCGAAUUGGGAUACUUUUUGUAGGCAGGUUGUGCUGAGGCAGAGGUUUGAGUCAGUUAGGAGGAGGGGUGCGAGUUUAGGUCCGAGUUUGGGUCCGAGGGGGACGGAGGAAAGGGGCAAGGAAGAAAAGAGGGGCAGUAGAAGGUCGGUGUCAAUGUAUUGGAGGACUUGUGCGCAUCUGCCUUGUUCGAAGUGUACUUGGUUUGGGCGGACAAUUCCGGUUUAUGAUCAAGGGGCUGGGUGUUGGAGGCAGAAUGGCUCUGGCGAGGGGCUUAAAGACAUUGAUGUCGGUUCGAGCCAGACUCUGCCGGAGGAGUACCCUGAGGAUUCAGUGACCGACACUGAGUUUGAUCUGGACUUGUAUGACAGCGAGGACGGUUGGGAGGACAAAGACGGCAGCUCCAGCGAGGACGAGAUGGACGUUGACGCCGAGGCUACACAAACAACCAGAGGAAACGACAGAUGCCGAGCUCCGGGCCAGCGUCAUCAGGGCGCAGAGGGGCAUCAACGGUAGAAGCCUUGUGGGGUACGAACCAGAGAGGAUGCAGACAUGGAAUCGGAGCCAGAAGAGAAAACAUAUGUGGACUCUCAGGCGACAGUUUCCGACCCGAGAUGGAGUUUGACUCUUAGGAGGAACAAGAGGACGAUGCCGUUGACAAGGAGGGCGAGAAGCAGACAGGAGCAUCGAGUAGGGCCAAGUCUCCGAAGUCACGUACAGUCGAAGACCAACUGGAAACGGGAUAGAGGCCCGGUGCGGAGCUUGGGUACGGACUCCUUCCAUCACGAGAACACUAAUAUGAACGGGGUUACAUGGGGCAUUUGUUUAUUUUUUUUCUUUUGCUGCUAAAAAGUUCUGGUAACAUUGGGAAGUGCGGAUAUGGUACCCAUCAGCAUCAGCGCCAGGUUGCAUUUGCAAAUAUGUCGGGUUAUUCAGGGAAAACACAAUUUGGACGGAAGAACUAGCACAGCAUGAUUGGACGGAACACCGACGGGCAUGAACCGACAUCAUUAUUGUUGCUCCAGUCCCAGCGUCUGAAUACUAUAAAAUUGUCAAGUAUAGCGGCUACUUAAUUAGCAUACCACCCACCCCAAAUACAUAGCGCAGUAUGGACACCGAUUUGGUUAACCAGCUAGUUCAUCUAUUGCCAAAAAUUGACUUUCUAG